AGUCUUUUUUGAGAAAUGAGAGUAAGUUAUCAAAUUGAGUCACCAUAGAAGAUGAGGAUAGUGCUUCUAAAAUGAGUUCUUCAUCUCCUGGAUCAAGCUGUGAGCCUAUCAAGAGUGAUCAGUCCAUGAGGAAUCAACCCUCUGGAUCCAGUGAUGCAACAGCAACCUCUGACCCCUGUAUCAGAAGGAGAAAGAGACUGAGAUCAGAGUUUACAGAACCCAGUGGUGUGUCUCUGAAGAGCAAUGACUCUAUUAGGCUACCCAAUAACUUCAGAGAAGGACCAGUGACUAAUGAACCCAUCAAAGGGAAAAUACAUAAGCUGGUCAGACCUGUGUCUUUCCCAACUCAUAUCAGUCAGGACAAAACAGAAGCAAUCCUGCAGACACAUACAUUGGAGACUGGAGACCUGCAGAGAGUCAAAGACCAGCACAAAACCAGCAUGAAGAUCAAGUACGAGAGAUUAUAUGAGGGAAACAAACUCCAAGGGUGUCAAACCCUUCUGAACAGGAUCUACACACAGCUCUACAUCAUAGAGGGAGAGAGACAAGGAGUGAAUGGAGAACAUGAGGUUUUACAGAUGGAGAAAACAGCCAGAACACAACACUCACAAGACACUCCGAUCCACUGCAAUGACAUCUUUAAAGCCUCUCCUGAACCAGGACGCCAGGAGAAAGACCAAAUCAAGACUGUUCUUACUAAAGGCAUCGCUGGAAUCGGGAAAACCGUCUCUGUGCAGAAGUUCAUUCUGGACUGGGCCGAGGGAAAAGACAAUCAGGAUGUAGAUUUCAUGUUUCUGCUUCCAUUUCGAGAGCUGAACUUGAUACGAGAUCAUCAGUACAGUCUUCAUAGACUUCUGCUGGACUUUCAUCCUGAACUUCAAGAUCUGGACUCAAAGAUGUAUGAGGAGUGUAAAGUUGUGUUCAUCUUUGAUGGUCUGGAUGAAAGCAGAAUCACACUGAUGUUUUCAGACGCUCAGGAAGUUUCUGAUGUGACUGAGACUUCAUCAGUGGGUGUGUUGAUGUCAAACCUCAUUAAAGGGGAUCUGCUUCCCUCGGCUCUCAUCUGGAUCAACUCCAGACCAGCAGCAGCCAAUCAGAUCCCCUCCAAAUACAUCCACCGUCUGACAGAGAUUCAGGGAUUCAAUGAGCCUCAGAAGGAGGAAUAUUUCAGGAAGAGAAUCAGUGACGAGCAUCAAGCCAGCAGAAUCAUCUCUCACAUCAGAAGAGCAAGAAGCCUCCACAUCAUGUGCCACAUACCCGUCUUCUGCUGGAUCUCCUCCACUGUGCUUCAGAAGCUCCUGGAAGAAGAUCUGAGUGCAGAAAUCCCUCAAACUCUGACUGAAAUGUACAUCCACUUCCUGCUGAUUCAGAUCAACAUGAGGAAUCAGAAGUAUGAAGAGAGAGAUCCAGAGAAACUCCUGCAGUCCAACAGAGAAGUGAUUGUGAAACUUGCUGAAGUGGCUUUCCAUCAGCUGAUGAAGGGCAAUGUGAUGUUCUAUGAGGAGGACCUGAUUGAGAGCGGCAUAGACGUCAAUGACGCCUCAGUGUAUUCUGGGAUUUGCACUGAGAUCUUUAAGGAGGAAUCUGUGAUUCAUCAGAGGAAAGUCUAUAGCUUCAUUCAUUUGAGCGUUCAGGAGUUUCUUGCUGCUUUCCAUGUGUUUUACUACCAUGUGAACACAACUAUGGAGAGACUGAAGAAUUUUGCUUCAGUACAAAAUUUGCUUAAAGGAGCAGUAGAUAAAGCCAUCAAGAGUGAGAAUGGCCAUCUGGAUCUGUUCCUGCGGUUCCUGCUGGGCGUCUCACUGGAGUCCAAUCAGAGACUCUUACAGGAUCUACUGACACACACAGAGAACAGCUCAGAGAGCAUCAGGAGAACCACACAGUACAUUAAAGAGAAGAUCAAAGAUGGACAUGGACUCUCCACUGAAAGAUCCAUCAAUCUGUUCCUCUGUCUGCUGGAAGUGAAAGAUCAGACUCUGUCCAGAGAGAUUCAGGAGUUUGUGAAAUCAGACAAACACUCAGAGAAGAAACUCUCUCCUGCUCACUGCUCAACAAUCGCCUACAUGCUUCAGAUGUCAGAGGAGGGGCUGGAUGAGCUGGACCUCAACAAAUACAACACAUCAGAUGAGGGGAGAAGAAGACUGAUACCAGCUGUCAUCAACUGCACUAAAGCUCUUCUUGCUGGCUGUAAUCUCUCGGGUCAGUCCUGUGAAAUUGUGUCAUCAGCUCUACAAUCCUCAAACUGUGUCCUGGGAGAGCUGGAUCUAAGUAACAAUGACCUGCGGGAUUCAGACGUGAAGCUGAUCUCUGAUGCACUGAAGAGUCCAAACUUUAAGCUGGAGAUACUGAGGUUGUCUGGCUGUAUGGUGACAGAGGAAGGAUGUGGUUAUGUGUGUUCAGCUCUGAGUUCAAACCCCUCACACCUGAGAGAGCUGGAUCUGAGCUACAAUCACCCUGGAGAAUCAGGAGUCAAGCUGCUCUCCGACAAACUGAAGGAUCCAAACUAUAAACUGCAGAUACUCAAUGUGGACCAUGGAGGCCCCUGUAGAAUCAAACCAGGACUGAGAAAAUAUGCCUGUGAUCUCACACUGGAUCCAAACACAGCACAUGUUAAACUCUCUCUGUCUGAGGAGAAGAAGAAAGCAACACAUGCUAAGGAGGAGCAGUCGUAUCCUGAUCAUCCAGACAGAUUUGAUGGCUUUGAGCAGGUUCUGUGUAGCGAGAGUCUGACUGGACGCUGUUACUGGGAGGUUGAAUGGACCGGAUUUAAGGUAGAUAUAGCAGUGACGCAUAAAGAAAUCAGCCGGAAAGGAGGGAAUGACUGUUGGUUUGGAUGCAGUGACAAAUCCUGGAGUCUGUACUGUUCAACUAAUGGAUUUACUUCCUGGCACAAUAAUGUGAACAAUUCCAUACCGGUCCCAUCACCCUUUCCUAACAGAGUAGGAGUGUAUCUGGACGUGCCGGCCGGCACUCUGUCCUUCUACAGCGUCUCUGACACACGCACACGCACACACUUACACACAUUCAACAGCACAUUCACUGAACCCCUCUAUGCUGGAUUUGGUGUGUUUGAUUCCUCACUGUCACUGUGUCAGAUUUAACAACCUGCUGUCAGACACACAAACUUGUUGCCUGUAAACUAGCUUUUAGGGCAUCUACUUGCUAGUGUAUAUCUAAUGCAAUAAUAUUUCAAUUUGAUGCAUCAUUGCAUUGCAUGUGUAUGUGUGUACAUCCAAAGACUUUGUGUUUGCAAAGACAGAUUCACAAAUUGCUGACCACUGGGGAGUCGACAUUAAACGAUUGCUAUAUCUAGUUAGAGUAAAGCUUCAGUAUAUUUACAUUUACAUACAUUACAUUUUACAUUUACAUUUAGCAGUUGCUUUUAUCCAAAGCGACUUACAACUGAGGUCUAAACCAAGUGAGUCAUCGUGAAGAGGCAAAAACAAGAAGUGCUCAAAAUAAGAUGUUCAGACAUUCCUUGGAGUAGCAUAAGCCAAACAAGCGAGGAUUUAAAGGAAAAGGAAAUAUAUAUUUUUAAUAUUUCUUAUGUUAAAUGCUCACGGAAGAGAUGAGUUGUCAGUUGUCUUUUGAGUGCUGUCAGGGAUUCUGCAUUCCGGAUGAUGAUGGGAAGAUCAUUCCACCAGCAUGGUACCGUGAAUGAGAAUGUUCCGGAGAGUGAUUUUGAGGUUCUGUGACGGUACCACGAGCCGUCGCUCAUUGGCCGCUUCUGCUAGGGAUGUAGACUUGUGGUAGUGAGUGAAAGUAGGAGGGAGGGGGCUGAGCCCAUGGGAAAUCUGUAAGCAAGUGUCAACACCUUGAAUAAAUAACAUAUGGAUCUUAAUGGGAGUUGUAAGUGUAAUAGCAUGAUAUUCAAACGAGUUGUUGUUGCAUAGAGAAGAGAGAGUUGAGUAUUUCCAAUUGUUAGAAAUGUGAAGACCAGUACUUUUUUAUGUUAAUGAGAUUGAGUUUUUUCAGGGCUCAUGGUAGAUCUUAUAUAAAAGCUACUGUAGAUGUUGGUUCAGCAGCACUAAUUUAUACAUUCACUCUGUUUAACACUAUUCUCCUUUUUAAAAUUCUUAUUUUACUACAUUUCUGAGAAGUUAUUAUCUUUGCCACCUUGACACAUUUUUAAAUGUUCUAAGUUUUCUGUUUAUAUAUUUUUGUUCCUGUAUUUUGGAUUUUUCCAAAUAUUUUGCCAGGUAAGAUGAAUAUGAAUAAGCUAAAUUCAAGUUGAAAUAAAUGGCAGAAUAUAAAUUAAUGUGACUGAAUCAAGCUGACUUCAUUAACAGGUGAAAAUGUCUCUUUACUGUAACAUCUGCACGGUGUAACACUGGGUUACUGUUUUUAUUCAAUAAAUCUUCACACAUGGUGAAUCACA